AUGACUUGCACAUUCAUACAAAAAAAAUCCAAGUCAAUACAAGCAAUCAUACCAAAAUACCCCCAUUCCCACCGCUACCCUCAUUUCACACAGUAUCACAAAAAAAAAGCUGCCUCCUCCUCGACAUCAGACAAUAAUAGCUCAUUCAGAGGAGAUGAAGACGAGCGUGUGGAACUGCAAGCUCACUUUUCAGAUUCUCAAUCUACUGGAAAAUCCUCUAAGUCAAAUGUAAAUAGUUCUUCCAUGAAAGAUAAAUCUUAUUUACCUCACUAUGAUUCAUUGAGCACUGUGGUUGAAAAUGUACAAUCAGAACCUAUUUUAUUCUCAACUACUAAAUAUCAUGAAGCAGAGAUUGAAGGCUUGUCAUCCAACCAGCUUCCAGAAAUUGUUGAGUUUCAAAAUACAGAUAAUAGAAAGUUUGUCAUGUGUGAUGAUGCCCAUGUUCACGAAGAAGGGGUUUCUGACUCUCGGCAAACAAAUUCUGAGCUGUUGACUUCAGGAAAGAUGUUGUGUUCUGAUCUUGAACCUACCAAACCAGUGACGCUACCUGCAGUGAUUCAGUCAGAUGAAAGUGUUUCUGACAAUGUUGAGCUUAAUAGAUUAGGAAAUGGUGCAGACAGAUCAGGUCUUGUUGAAUCUGUUGCUUCCAAACCUUCUUCUCCCUCCCUUAUAAAAGAUGAUACGGUCCCUGUGUACUCUUCUGACAAAAUUUCAUCGGACAACUUGGUUGAUGAUUCCCUUUGUAAUGAUUCACAAGAAGGUUCCCUUUGUCCAUCCAUCAAAGAAUUAGGCUUGAAUUUAGGUGAUGAAAUAAAUGGAUUCAGCAGCAGUGUUGAUCCAGUUGAAGGUGAUGGUCAUAUUGAAAAUCCUUCUUCUUAUAAUCAUGUGAUGGUAAAUGGUGCGAUCACUGAGUCAAAAGAUCAACCCAUUCCUUCUGUUGAUAAUGCUGAAAAUGAUGUGGGUAUCAUUACUUGUCCAGCUUCAAGUAUGAUUAGUUAUCCUUCAAGAAGCCUUUCAAAUCCGCGAGAACUAGUCCACGCUUCUUCAGACUCUUAUCCAAUGGAAUCCAAUGAAGUGGAAUUGACUCAAAUUUCAUCGGACUCAAAUACAGAGACGAUCGAGAGUCAAUUGGCACCAUUGCCAGAUACAACUAAUAUUUUAUAUUCUCCAAUGAGUAAUCUCACAAAAUUAGAAGAAUCUGUUUCUGCUUUUACAGAUCUAAAUGAGAAAGAGACAGAAGACCAUGAGGUAGUUGCUAGAGAAUCUUUGACAGCACUAGAGGGACAGAAGGCAGCGGGUCAUCCAGAACUUGUUUCUUCAGAUGUACAAAUGAACCUCAACAAAUUGGUGCCUUGUGAUGAUCUUCCAGAUUUGGGAAAUAAUAUUGAAAAAUCUCCUCCUAAGAAGAAAAUCCUACAGAGUGUUUUCCAGGAUGAUGCGAAAGUGGUGCCUGGAUUUUCUGGGUUUGACACCCGGCAGUCAGAAUCUACUAGUUAUGGCCAGAAUGAUCUUAUACAGAAUGACACAAAUAGUUUUUCAUCUACAUCUGAUAACAAGUUGGAGUUUGAAACUUAUUUUGAGCCACACUUACAAUGUCAACUUGAUGAACAGGAUGGAGAGUUUCCACUCAAUUAUGAGGAAAACUUUGGCUCUGAGAAAUCUCAAUCUCAGCAGAUGCAUAUAAAUCAAAUAAAGCAAGAAGGCACUCAUGCUACUUCUGAAUCUGUCUCAGAAACCCCUCCAGAUGUUGAGAUAUCAUCCUUAAUCAAAUGGGAAGGAAGUCUAUUGAGAAACUGA